AUGUGCCAGGUAAUUAGUCAUGCUAACCAUAAACUUUUUGGCUCUCCGCCAUGCUUUCCACCCCCCUCUCCGCCAUGCUUUCCAUCCCCUCCUCUCCACCAUGCUUUCCAUCCCUCUCUCUCCGCCAUGCUUUCCAUCCCUCUCUCCUCCAUGCUUUCCACCCCCCUCUCCGCCAUAAAUUCCAUCCCUCUCUCUCGCCAUGCUUUCCAUCCCCUUUCUCCUCCAUGGUUUCCACCCCUCUCUCCUCCAUGCUUUCAUCCCCCUCUCUCCAUGCUUUCCACCCCCUCUCUCCACCAUAUCUUUCCACUCCCCCUCUCCCUCCAUGCUUUCCAUCUCCUCUCUCUCCGCCAUGCUUUCCACCCCCCUCUCUCCUCCAUGCUUUCCAUCCCCUCUCUCCGCCAUGCUUUCUACCCCUCUCUCCUCCAUGCUUUCACCCCCUCUCUCUCCGCCAUGCUUUCACUUCCCUCUCUCCUCCAUGCUUUCCACCCCUCUCUCCGUCAUGCUUUCCACCCCCCUCUCUCCUCCAUGCUUUCCACCCCCCUCUCUCCUCCAUGCUUUCCACCCCCUCUCUCCGCCAUGCUUUCCAUCCCCUCUCUCCUCCAUGCUUUCCAUCCCCUCUCUCCUCCAUGCUUUCUACCCCUCUCUCCUCCAUGCUUUCCACUCCCCUCUCUCCGCCAUGCUUUCCCCUCUCUCCUCCAUGCUUUCCAUCCCCUCUCUUCCUCCAUGCUUUCUACCCCCUCUCUCCUCCAUGCUUUCCACCCCCUCUCCUCCAUGCUUUCCACCCCUCUCUCCCGCCAUGCUUUCCCACCCCUCUCUCUCCAUGCUUUCUACCCCCUCUCUCCGCCAUACUUUCCACUCCCCUCUCUCCGCCAUGCUUUCCACCCCCUCUCUCCGCCAUGCUUUCCAUCUCCUCUCUCUCCGCCAUGCUUUCCACCCCUCUCUCCUCCAUGCUUUCCAUCCCUCUCUCUCCGCCAUGCUUUCCCUCCCCCUCUCUCCCUCGCCAUGCUUUCCACCCCCUCUCUCUCCGCCAUGCUUUCCAUCCCCUCUCUCCGCCAUGCUUUCCACCCCUCUCUCCUCCAUGGUUUCCACCCCUCUCUCCGCCAUGCUUUCUACCCCUCUCUCCUCCAUGCUUUCCCCCCUCUCUCCACCAUACUUUCCAUCUCCCCUCUCUCCGCCAUGCUUUCCACCCCCUCUCUCUCCUCCAUGCUUUCCAUCCCCCUCUCUCCCUCCAUGCUUUCCACCCCCUCUCCAUCUCCAUGCUUUCCACCCCCUCUCCCGCCAUGCUUUCCAUCCCCUCUCUCUCCCACCAUGCUUUCCUUCCCCCUCUCUCCGUCAUGCUUUCUACCCCCUCUCCACCAUGCUUUCCAUCCCCUCUCUCCGCCAUGCUUUCCACCCCCUCUCUCUCGCCAUGCUUUCCACCCCUCUCUCCGCCAUGCUUUCCAUCUCCCUCUCUCCGCCAUGCUUUCUCCCCCCUCUCUCCCUCAUGCUUUCCACCCCUCUCUCCAUGCUUUCCCCCCUCUCCUCCAUCUCCUCCCUCUCCUCCAUGCUUUCCACCCCCCCCUCUCUCCUCCAUGCUUUCCACCCCCUCUCUCCUCCAUGCUUUCCAUCCCCCUCUCUCCCACCAUGCUUUCCUUCCCCUCUCCCGCCAUGCUUUCCAUACCCCCUCUCUCCACCAUGCUUUCCAUCCCCUCUCUCCGCCAUGCUUUCCACCCUCCCCUCUCUUCCAUGCUUUCCACCCCUCUCUCCGCCAUGCUUUCCAUCCCCUCUCUCUCCUCCAUGCUUUCCACCCUCCAUCUCUCCUCCCCUGCUUUCCACCCCUCUCUCCCGCCAUGCUUUCCAUCCCCUCUCUCUCCCCAUGCUUUCCCCCCCCCUCUCCUCCAUGCUUUCCACCCCCUCUCUCCGCCAUGCUUUCUACCCCCUCUCUCCUCCAUGCUUUCCCCCCUCUCUCCGCCAUGCUUUCCCUCCCCUCUCUCUCUCCGCCAUGCUUUCCACCCCCCUCUCCCGCCAUGCUUUCCAUCUCCUCUCUCUCCGCCCCCUUUCCACCCCCCUCUCUCCUCCAUGCUUUCCACCCCCUCUCUCCGCCAUGCUUUCAAUCCCUCUCUCUCUCCACCAUGCUUUCCUUCCCCUCUCUCUCCGCCAUGCUUUCUACCCCCCUCUCCACCAUGCUUUCCAUCCCCUCUCUCUCUCCGCCAUGCUUUCCCACUCCCCUCUCUUCGCCAUGCUUUCCACCCACUCUCCCGCCAUGCUUUCCAUCUCCUCUCUCUCCGCCAUGCUUUCCACCCCCCUCUCUCCGCCAUGCUUUCCACCCCUCUCUCCGCCAUGCUUUCCAUCCCCUCUCUCCUCCCGCCAUGCUUUCCACCCCUCUCUCCUCCAUGCUUUCCACCCCUCUCUCCGCCAUGCUUUCCAUCCCCUCUCUCUCCACCAUGCUUUCCUUCCCCUCUCUCCGCCAUGCUUUCCACCCCCUCGCUCCACUAUGCUUUCCAUCCCCUCUCUCUCCGCCAUGCUUUCCAACCCCCUCUCCUCCAUGAUUUCCACCCCUCUCUCCGCCAUGCUUUCCAUCCCCUCUCUCUCCUCCAUGCUUUCCACCCCCUCUCUCCUCCAUGCUUUCCACUCCCUCUCUCCGCCAUGCUUUCUACCCUCUCUCCUCCAUGCUUUCUACCCCUCUCUCCGCCAUGCUUUCUACCCACUCUCUCCUCCAUGCUUUCUACCCCCUCUCUCCGCCAUACUUUCCACUCCCCUCUCUCCUCCAUGCUUUCCACUCCCUCUCUCCUCCAUGCUUUCCAUCCCCUCUCUCUCCGCCAUGCUUUCCACUCCCCUCUCUCCUCCAUGCUUUCCAUCCCCUCUCUCCGCCAUGCUUUCUACCCCCUCUCUCCUCCAUGCUUUCCACUCCCCUCUCUCCUCCAUGCUUUCCACCCCCUCUCUCCGCCAUGCUUUCCAUCCCCCUCUAUCCGCCAUGCUUUCCACUCCCCUCUCUCCUCCAUGCUUUCCACCCCCCUCUCUCCGCCAUGCUUUCUACCCCUCUCCCUCCAUGCUUUCUACCCCCUCUCUCCUCCAUGCUUUCCCUCCCCUCUCUCCUCCAUGCUUUCCCUCCCCUCUCUCCUCCAUGCUUUCCAUCCCCUCUCUCCGCCAUGCUUUCCACUCCCCUCUCUCCUCCAUGCUUUCCAUCCCCUCUCUCCGCCAUGCUUUCUACCCCCCUCUCCUCCAUGCUUUCCACCCCCUCUCUCCUCCAUGCUUUCCACCCCUCUCUCCGCCAUGCUUUCCAUCCCUCUCUAUCCGCCAUGCUUUCCACUCCCCUCUCUCCUCCAUGCUUUCCACCCCUCUCUCCGCCAUGCUUUCUACCCCCUCUCUCCUCCAUGCUUUCUACCCCCUCUCUCCGCCAUACUUUCCACUCCCCUCUCUCCGCCUUGUUUUCCACCCCUCUCUCCGCCAUGCUUUCCAUCUCCUCUCUCUCGCCAUGCUUUCAACCCCCCUCUCUCCUCCAUAUUUUCCACUCCCCUCUCUCCUCCAUGCUUUCCACUCUCCUCUCUCCUCCAUGCUUUCCACUCCCCUCUCUCCUCCAUGCUUUCCACCCCCCUCUCUCCGUCAUGCUUUUUCCCGCUACUUCUUUCUUUGAUUACUUUUUUCCUGUUCCUUAUUUCCUGUGUAUAA